UUAUACAUGGCAACAAGUUUCGAUUCAAUCUGUUGAUUUCAGUGUAAGAUCGUACAUUUAAUUUCACUCGUACUUAUACUUUUUUUUUUAAUAUUUUCACUCGUGGCGAUCACCAUAAUGGAUAGACAACGCGGACAUUUAGCGAAAAAUCCCCAGGAAGCGGUUGAUAACUUGAUAUGGAUAAAGAUAGUUGGCAUAGGGAAUGCUGGAGUUGGGAAAACAUGUCUUAUAAAACACUUCUGUGAAAGCAAGUUCAGUGGAGGGUACCAGCCGACCGUUGGUGUUGAUUAUGGAUUCAAAAUACAGAACGUAAAAGGAUACGAAUUGCGUGUUCAUCUCUGGGACCUGUCCGGAAGUCCGGAAUAUAUUGACGUCAGAAAUGAGCUCUACGGUCAGUCCGACGCCAUUUUCCUGGUGUUUGACGUCACGGACCAAGCCUCAUUUGAGAGUUUGGACACGUGGAUGAAGGAAGUCACGAAAUAUAGCGGUGGAGGAGUACAGGAAAUAGUUCUAAUAGCGAAUAAGGUAGAUACAAAAGCCGGAAAGAGGAUGAUAUCAACACAAGAAGCAAAAAAAUGGGCAACCAGCCGUAAAAUGAAUUUGUAUGAAGCUAGCGCAAACACGGGAGAUGGUGUCCAUAAGCUGUUUGAUGAACUGCUGAACAACAUUAUCCAGAAAAGGAAACAAGCGGGACUGGUACCACAGCUUUCGUGAUUCAUUUGAGGAUAUGUGGACUUGCUUGUGGUAUCACUUACUUGUACAGUUCAGCAUUCGAAUGUCUAUUCAAUACAAGUUUUAAUAUUUGUUUGAAAGAAAGGGGCGACAUUUUAUCGUCCUUAAGACGAUUCGAGGCAUAUAUAUAAUAUAUAUAUAUAUAGUGAUAUGCAUGUGUGUUUACGGGUGUGGCAACGUAUAAAUUUAGGACGACCCAUAUAUAUAUAGUAUUUCUUUUUCGGUGUUAUACGGUACGCCAAAGGGGAAAAUAGAGAGGUUGUGUAACACUCCUUUUACGGGUACGUGUACGUAAAGGCUACUUUUUUGUGAACUACGUCAUCAAGGUAUGUGAACAUUGUACACGUUUAGAGGGACAUGUAUGAUAAGACGAGGAGAGUGAUUUAUGAAAGUAUCGGCGAGUCUACACGUUCAUGUUUGAGGUGAAAUUUCGCAAACGAUUUUUAAGGUAGCAAACCUCUAAUGAAAACCUCCACUUAAAACUCUUCAGUUGUAAUGCUAAAUAGCUUAUGCUGUUAUGCACAGGACAACAAUUAUUUGGAGCGAUUCAAAAUACAGGUUCGAAUCCAUCCUGAAACACAAUUUUUUUGUCGUCUUUGUUUUCAUUAGCUAACAUUUUAAUAGAGGUUCAUAUUGUAUUUUCAUAAAAAAGUAAUCAAAAGCAUUUGUACGCAUGUAUAUUUUAAAUAUUAGCUUCUUAUAAGCUAAAAUUGCUGGUUUAGAAACCCGAACUUUAAUGUGUUUUU